AAAUUCUUUUGAAAGUCAAUUUAAGUUCAUUUACAAACACAUAGUGGGGAUUAUAAAGUGCCUUAAAGUUAUAUCUCCAGUGAGUGUUACAUUUGUUAUUUGCGACCGAUUUAUACAAAUUUUUGUGACUAUUUGUCGCUGCGUUUGAAUGCAUUGACAAACAAAAUGGGAAACAAAUUAUUCCGCGGAAAAAGUCACACCAAGUAUGACAUCAGCAGCGGAUCCAAAAGUGAUAGCAAGGAGAGCAAGAACUCGGUGGACAGCGCACCGGUAGCCUACAUUCAGACUGAAGUGAUCAGUCGUUAUGACACGACCACCAAAACCACAGCACGAGUCGCACUGGUGGUGUGUGUCAUAUGUUUGUGGCUAAAUAUACCCGAUUCUGUGGCUUCCGGCUUCAAUGUCACCGGUGUGUACGGCAUAGCACUGGUAGCUCAGAGUCAUUAA